AUGACAACACCCCGCAAAACAACAAAAUCCCUCGGUCACAGGGGAACAAUCCAAGGCUUGACCAUCUCAAAUGACCAAAAUCAAGAUCUAUGCACUUACUACGGGAGCGUCCGAUAUGCACUUCCACCGUCUGAACGCUGGCGCCGCGCUAAGCCCUUACCACAGACAUACACCUACGGCACAACCGACAACCCAGCGGAUUGCACCACCGGCGCGGGUCUAUGUCCCCAACCCGGAUUUCUGAAUCUGUCACCUGAAACUCCAGAUCUAUGGGACGAAGAUUGUUUCCAGUGCAAUGUUUGGGUUCCCCUUGGGGAGGUGCCUGAGGGCGGUUGGCCUGUGUUUGUUUUCCUCCAUGGUGGUUGGCUGCAGUUUGGAACUCCCAAUUCAUUCAAUGCUGCUGCGUUGAUUGGCGAGACGGAGUUCAAGUGUGUGGUUGUUAUGCCUGCGUACCGAGUGAAUCUCUUUGGAUUCUUGUACUCGGCUGAGCUGGAGGCUGAUGCCGCUGAGGUUGGGGAGUCUGUUGGUAACCAUGGAUUCUGGGAUCAGCGAUUGGCGCUUGAAUGGACUCGUGAGAAUGUCGGUUUGUUUGGGGGUGAUUCGAGGAAUAUAACUAUUAGUGGGUAUAGUGCUGGAGCCAACUCUGUCUUCCACCAACUAGCCUACGACCUCCGCCAACCACCCUCAACCGCCCUCAUCCGCCAAGUAUGCAUCUGGUCCAACAGCCCAGCAGUGCAACCCAAACAACCCAGCGAAACCCAAGACCAAUUCAACGAGCUCCUUACAGCCCUCCAAAUCCCGCUUACCCUCCCGCCAAGCGAGAAACUCGCCCUCCUCCGCUCCACGCCCGCCAAAACCCUCAUCGCCACCACCAAAACCCUCACACUCUCCCAAUUCCGGCCCACAACCGACGGAGCCUUCAUAGACCCAGCCCUCUUCACGACCCUCGACAACGGCACCUUCGCCUCCACCCUCCUAUCCCGCAAAACAAGAAUCAUCAUCGGCGAAUGCGCCGACGAACACUUCCUCUACAGCACCUGGUUCCGGCCGCACGCCAACACCCUCUCCGCCCUGCGCACCCGCCUCAUCGCCGACUACCCCGAACACAUCGUCGACGCCCUCAUCCGCACCUACUACCCGGCCGGCGCGCUCCCGGCCAACUGCAAGAACUGGGACGUGGACGCGUGGGGACGCUGCUAUGCCGAUAUGCAGGUGCAUAAGAUCCAGCGUGGGUUCUUGUAUGCGCUGACGAGUAAUUCGGCGGGAGUGGAUGCGUCGGCUUUGCUGUUUCGGUAUCGCAUUGAGUGGAGGGCCAAGUGUGUGGAUUUGGGGAUUCCGGUUGAAUGGGGGGUUACGCAUUCGUCGGAUUAUCCGGUUUGGUUCUAUGGGAAUGGGAAGGGGUUGGAGGGGGGUGAGAAAGAGGUUGUGAAUGGGGCUUUUGUUCGGCCUUUGAGUUUGUUUGUUAGGGGGGAUGGAGGUGAUGGGGACUUUGGAUGGGGAGCUGUUGGGGCUCGGAGGGUCAGGACGUUGAAAGGGGAUGGGACGGUUGUUGUUGUGGAUGAUGAGGGAUGGGAGGAUGGUGUGAGGGUUUGGAAGAGGUUGAGAGAUGCCGAUACGGGCAAGGCGGUGCUAUGA